UUCGGGGGAAGGUGGAGGUGGAGGUGGAGUCAGAGUGGGCGAGGGAGGUGAAGACGAGGUGGGGGACCACAGGGAAGCGAGAGAGAGGCCACGAGUCGAGACGGGAGGCGGUGCAGAUUAAACUUAGAAGCUCCUGUGGACAGAAAGGUUGUUGGUCUUCUUGGGCUUGAGAAUGUGGAAGGAAGGCAGGAGAUGAUCACUGUGAAAGAGCGGAGGACCAGAUCUUGCACCAGACCGUUUUUUUCCCUUUCUUUCAGAAUCUUUCUUUCUUUCUUUCUUUUUUUCUUUCUUGGUUCUGACAUCUCAAGCAGGCAGUCAUGGGGGAUCAGGCUGCAGUGAAGAAAGCCCUAGCCAGUCAUGAUCCUGACUGGGUGAAGAGAGUUGGAAAUGAACAGUACAAGAAGGGGUGCUUUUCGGAGGCUCUGGCACUAUACGAUCGUGCAAUUGCCCUGGAUCCCAAUCAAGCUGCUUUCCAUGGGAAUCGAGCUGCAGUCUUAACGUCUCUUAACCGUAUUGCUGAGGCAGUUAAGGAAUGUGAGUUGGCCAUUCAGUUGGACCCCAACUUUGCGAGAGCGCAUCAACGGCUGGGGGGAUUGCUUACCCGGUUUGGCAAAUUGGAUGAGGCGAUGUGGCACCUGCACAAGAGUGAAGAGCUUGGGGCAGAGAGAAGCGACACGGGAAAAGUGGGCACUCUGCAGGAACACAUUUCAAAGGCUGGCACAGCCACUGCCAACCAGGAUUGGGAUGAAGCACUUAGGCAGGCAGAAAUGGCGAUACAGGCGGGCGCUGAUCUGACCAUGGAUGUGUGGAAGAUCAGAGUGAAAGCUCUUCUGCAACUUCGCCGUCUAGCUGAAGCCGAGAAAGUGCUUCAAGAGGCGCAACAGGCUGAGUCUGCAGCACUGUGGCCUGGCGCAGCAUCGUCAGACAGUGAGCUUUUGUGCCUGCGUGCAGAAAUUGACAUUGCGCUUGGCAGGCUGCUGCUUUCUAGUGAAGAAGUGUCCGUGCAAAUUCUCGCGCAUGGCACGAUAAAACAAUUGGACAAGUUGGGUCUCAGUGACCCCAUGUCCAGGGACAACAACGAGUUCCAUGACGGCUUCGAGUACCAUUGCACUCCUCCACUGUCGCGUAGCGUGGGUGAGGGAGUUCUGAGCUCCAGCGAGAGUCAAGAUUCUCAAAGCAGUAAGCUUCCCAGCAACAUCGGGGAUGGAUUUGGUGCGACAUAUGGAUUACGGUGGGGAUAUCCAGCUGACCAUCGGGGAAGCCGGAGGAGCAGUGAGAGGCCUGGUGAAGGGAGUGCGGUAUGGUUACCCAAGGGAAACAAUACAGGCAGGUCGAGAAAUGACGAGCCAGCAGGUCCUGCAGGAUCAACAGGGAGACCAGUCGGGCACACGGAACCGUUGGGAGUGGACGAGUUGAGACACUCGGAACAAGUGGCAGGAACAGGUUCGUUGUCCGGGUCGGCGGGGUCUGCUGAGCGAGAGGGUGGAUUUGCAGUGGUCGGACGAGGAGAUCAAUCAGCUGAAAGGUCUGGUCCAUUUGAAAUUACUGGAGCAAGGGGAUUGACAGCAGGCCAAUCAAGGGGUGCGUCACAGUCGGAGGGAAGGGGAAGACUUCCAGGGAGUCCUCUACCGACGUGGAAGCGGGAAUCAUCAGGCUCAGCAGUUGUAACUGUUCCAGAGGAGGCAGCAGGAAACGGAGUGGCUGGUCCACAAAAACGGUGGGGUGAGAAGGGCGAGAUGAUCGACCGUAAAGGGCCUUUGACUGUGCUGUGUGGGACAAGAGCUACUGAGGAAAAGGGGAAGGAGACGCUAAUCAGCAUGGAAUGGGAAAUGAACAAGCAACAUCAGGCAGAUGAGAUCGUAGUACUGGAGUCCAUCUAUGGAGAAGAUUUUUCAGUGAUGAGGAAAGACAAUGAUGGAGGUGCACAAUGUUUUGAGGUGGUGAUCCAUGUGGCAGUACCUGAAGCCUUUCGUCUUGUGACAGAAUUCCUUGGCCCUCCCACACUGAUCCCUUUUGCACUGAAAGAACUUUCCAUCGAGGAGACUUCGUCGUCAAAGAGCGCUCCAUUGGCUUCAACUGCAUUGGAUGAAGUCCCAGCUCGCGCAACUCCUAUUGACGGGAAUAUUACAGGCACUGAAAGGCUGAUUAUUCCGGCAGCUGAUGCUUCAGGUAGUAGCAUGGUCGAAUCUUCAUCAUCUAAGGCAUGGCAAAUUGAGGAGGAAGAGAGAAAUGGAGCGGGCAGUUGUUGCACACGGUCCUGUAGAGCGGAAGCAUCCUCUUCCAAGGCAUAUGGGCCAAGUUUUCCAUUGGAAUACCUACCACCAUUGCGACUAUUCUGCACGCUAUCGGAAUCUUAUCCCUCAAGGAGUGCUCCUUCCUUCACUCUCGCUUGCAGUUGGCUGGAUGAUGUGCAACUCUCACAUCUUUGCAAGGAAUUGGACGCGAUAUGGAAUGCGACAGUUGGGGAGGUUACUGUGUACCAGUGGGUCUCAUGGAUUGAGCGAGAAAGCCUUUCUUUUCUGGGUUUGACAAACGCUAUUGUGUUGCGUCCACAUGAGGAUGAUGUCCCCAAGUUGGAGAAGGAUGAACGGGCGAAUGCAGAGGGGGGCACCUUAGAACAAAAAGUUUUGAAGCUUUUGAAGUAUAAUGAGGAACGCAAGCUUGACGCAUUUCGAAGAGGAAUGCAUCUGUGCGCUAUCUGUUAUGAAGAACAGCCAGGCACAGCUUUCCUGAGGCUCCCAUGUGCUCAUUUCUAUUGUCGGGCAUGCAUGCGACAGUAUACUGCGGGGCUUGUCAAUGAGGGAACUGUCACCAGGCUGCAUUGCCCAGGUUGUAAGGAACCAAUGCCUUAUCCCAUCGUCAAGGAGUUGCUAGACGAGAAGCAUUUCAGGAGAUGGGAGGAUAUUUUGCUUCGGAGAACACUAGAUGCCAUGGAGGAUUUGGUCUAUUGUCCUCGUUGUGACGUCGCUUGCCUGGAGUCCAGUGAUCAUCUGGCCCAGUGCCAAAAGUGCUUCUUCAGCUUCUGUGGUCUCUGUAGGGGGUCGUGGCAUGCCGGAAGUGACUGCUUAACUCCGGAGAUCAGGUUGGCGAUACUUCAGGCUCGGACAAAAGGCAAGCAGGCAACGGAGGAGCAGCUAAUGAGAUAUGAAGCAUUGGUCAAUGAGCAGUUGAACCUCAAGUAUCUGGAGGACACCAUGAAAUGUCCCGCAUGCAAAAUGGCAAUUGUGAAGGAAGAGGGCUGCAACAAGAUGACUUGCACCAACUGCGGUAGCUACUUCUGCUAUCGGUGUGGAAAGAAGAUUGACGGAUAUGAGCACUUCGAGAGAGGGUGCGUACUGUUUGACUCCCCCGAACUUGAAGCCUGGGAUCGGGAUGCCAGGCGUGGUAGAGCAAUUGCGAAUGCAUUGUGGGCGCAACAGGGGGCUAUAGGGGAGGCACAUAUUGAUCCCAUGCAGGUUCGGAAUUGUCCAAACUGCGAUGCUAUCCGACCUCGAAAGCUGGCAGUACACUCAGGAGGGCGAGCGCGGAAAGAGAAAGUCAGAAAGGGCAGAAGGGAAAAAAGGAAGAGCAGGCUCUUGACUUUUCAUGCUGAGAAGCCCAUUUACUUCAAUGCGGCAGGUGUGGAGAGUGCACAAGUUGUCAGUGGCACUUACGAGGGCGAGCGUGGAGGACGGUUCAAGUGUACUCGAGUGGGGGAAGGAUCUGGGGUCGAGCAUGGAGAGAACUGACUCGGAAAUAAGGAGAGGCAGUAGUAAGAGUGGGAAUUAGGGUGGAAUUGCUGUUGUUGCUGAGCUGCGCUGCGCGUUCACCAGCUGAGAUAGUCCGCUUGUCCUUCCUGGUUGGUUGGUGGGGAAUGCCACUCAACCCUGAGGGGAUAGGCUCAACCCAUAACCCUUAGCGUAGCUUGCCGCUGGCCCGCUGGAGGGUAGAUCAAGGUGUGUAUCAUUCCUAGUUAGGUAGGUAGUGGGAGGUAUAUUGAGAGAAGAAUAUAGCUAAGUUCACAAAAAAAAUAAAGCAUGGGCGGAGAAAGGAGAAUGGAUCCGCGUGGGGAGACUAAAGAAUAAAAGAGUACAACGAUC